UGAUAUAAAUAAGGACUGUACCUCUUCAACUACAAGGGUUAUUCUGCUUUUACCUUUUCUUUUUUCUUUGUUUUCUUCUUUUGAUAAUGGUGCCGUAGAAGACAAUUUACGGGAGGAGAGAUGGUUCAUUCACCAAUACAAUACACACAUGGCCACUCCUCACUUCCCCUUUACUAGAAAACCUCGUUUUCUCCUCUUCUUUCUUCCAUAACUCGAAACAAAAAAAAGGAUCUUUCGAUCAAACAAGAAGACUCAUGGUUUUCAGAAUGAGAAACUUCAAUUCCCUAUUCUCAUUCUCCCCUCUUUCUAUUUUCCUAAUUAUCAACUUUUCUUCAGUAACCUCAUCAAGAAUAACAGCUAUUUCUAAAGACCAAAUUUCAUGCACAAUGUGCUCUGCUUGUGACAACCCAUGUCAACCUUUGCCAUCUCCUCCUCCUCCUGUUUCCACUUGUCCGCCACCACCUCCGCCCCCAUCUCCACCACCUCCAGCUAUUGUCUCCGACUGCCCCCCGCCUCCAGUGACACCGAGUUCCGGAGCAUAUUACUAUUCUCCGCCACCGCCAGCAGAGCCUACCUAUGUUUACUCAUCCCCGCCUCCGCCUGCAAAUGACGGUGGAUUCUAUCCGUCACCAAACUACGGCAGCUAUCAAGGACCGCCGCCACCAAACCCGAUAGUUCCUUACUUUCCGUUCUACUAUUAUAACCCGCCGCCAUCUUCUUUUCGUUCUCACUCUGUCCGCUUGGAGAAACAUCCUUUCCUGUUUUAUAUUUUUCUUCUCUUUUCUUUUAUUUUCUCCUACUAAAUAAUUGAUCCAUAGACAGGUUUCUUUUUCUCCUUCUUUUAAUUAAGCGUAUUAAUCUUUAGAUCAAAAGACCAUAGCAAUGUGAUGAAGCAAAAGAAAGAAGUCUUUACGAAGAUGGUCAAAGCAGUAGAUUGCUUUUCUAUUUUUAGGUGAUUUUAUUUACAAAGUAAAUUAUGAUAAGAAAGAGUUCCGCUAUACUUAUAUGUAUUCUUCAAUGUCACUUUUGUAAUAAAUUGGCAACUUUGUUA